GAUUGAAUUUCUUUGUUUUGGUGAUUAUUGCCAAAACGUUUUAAAAGAUAGUUUUCGUUCUUUCUUCCAUAAUUAUUGCGUUUCUCCACUCAUUCCACGCCCAAUCACGUGAUGCAUUAUUUACGGCAGCUUGUACAGGAUUGAACAGCUGAUUUUGUCCGACGAAGUCGUUUGUUGUUUUAUACGCCUUAGCAUACGUACGAUAUACGCCAAGUGCUAAUCGCCGUCGUGACAAAGCGAAAACACCUGUCACUUGCCAGACACGAUGAAUAUUGCUGCAAAAAGAACGGUGUCAUUUUUCAGAUCCUCUACAGCGAGGCCAGUUAAUCCGGUACGGUUUAUGACGAAAAUGGCGAAAUUUAGAACCGUCGAGCACAUGCUUUAUGCUGAAGAGCAGAUGGACGGAGCAGGUGCUCGAGUUCGUCGAUCUAUUGGAAGAUCCAGAGAGUUCACGCAGUUGGAUCCCUUUCUCCUGCUGGAUCAUUUCGAUGUUAAACCACCAGCGGGAUUCCCGGAGCAUCCUCAUCGUGGCUUUGAAACGGUGACUUACAUGUUAAAAGGAUCAUUUAAUCAUGAAGAUUUUGCCGGCCACAAAGGGAGCAUUGGAGUUGGAGAUCUGCAGUGGAUGACGGCUGGACGAGGUAUCCUGCACUCGGAAGUGCCCGGUCCGGAUGGGGGAGAGGGAUUCCAGUUGUGGGUGAAUUUAGCGAAAAAGGACAAAAUGAUUGAGCCGGCGUACCAGGAACUGCGCAGCAGCGAUAUUCCCGUUGCCAAUGAAAACGGUGUUAAAGCGAUCGUGAUUGCUGGCGAGUGUCUGGGUGUCAAAUCUCCUGUUCGCACACGCACUCCGACGAUGUACCUGGACAUUACUCUGUCCCCUGGUGCCGUACUGGUGCAGCCUGUCAAUGAAACGUGGAAUGCCUUUUCGUAUGUAAUCUCGGGAAAAGUUGCUUUUGGUCCUCCUGAUGAACAACAGGAAAAGGAAACUUUUUAUUGUGUCAUUUAUGCUAAGGAUGGUGCUAAUGUGCGGAUGGAGAACACUACUGCGGAGGAUGCGCGUUUGGUUCUGAUUGCCGGCCAACCGCUGAACGAACCGCUUGCUCGACGGGGACCAAUGGUGAUGAAUACUCAGGAGGAAAUCGAUCAAGCGUUUCGAGACUUCCGAAAUAGCCAAAAUGGCUUUGAAAGAGGAAAGAACUGGACGUCUCGAUUUUUUAAAGGAGAUUAAAAUUUCCAGGUGGAUCUUGAAUGCUAACGUUAAGCUUUCAUUUUAUAUUUAAGUUUUUUCCAACAACGUUAUGACAGUAAUUUGGAUCUCCGUUGGUUAAUCCCGGUUCUGGAAGUGCAGCUCCCGUGACUGUUAUUAUAUUGACAUUAUGAUUAUGCAACUGUAGAUUAAAGCGAAACUAAUUUUGAUUG